CAACAACAAAACAACGUGAAUUCAAUUUCGAACUUUUAAUUUUAAAGUGCUUUUGAAUUGCUUUAAUAAAAGUGCUAUUAAGUGUGUUUUUCUUCGUCGCAGUGUCUUUUGACUUUUGGUAUGUGCCGUUCGUUUGCUAUUGUGAGUUCCUAACCCCUCAUCUUAUUCCGGUGUCCACUCUGGCUUAAGCUGAAGUCAAAAUCGAUAAAAUGGACUCAUCUUCGCCCGGAAAUGUCAAUGGAACCUCUAGUGUAGCCAGCAAUUAUUUCACUGUUGGCGAUCCUGAGAAAGAUGCACCUCCAGUAGUCUCCAACGUUGAGCUAGUUCCUGUCAGUGUUAUUAAACAGCAAUUCCGAAACUGGUUUUCAGCCUUCCCAUAUUUCAAUGUCAUACAGUCACUGGCAUUCAACACGGUCACAAAGACUGAUGAUUCGAUUGUAGUUGCAGCUCCAACUGGCUCCGGUAAAACUGUGAUAUUUGAGCUUGCAAUAAUGCGACUGCUGGAACAACAUUGGCCUUUCAGUGAAAACUGUUUCAAAAUUGUUUACAUGGCACCCAUAAAGGCUUUGUGCAGCGAAAGGUACAAUGAUUGGAAAAGUAAAUUCUUCCAAAUCGGGUUAAAAUGCCUGGAAUUGACUGGUGACACAGAAGAGGAAGUUUUUUCGAUUGAUGGAUACCACCUGAUUCUAACGACCCCGGAGAAAUGGGACUCGCUGACUCGCAAAUGGAAAGAGAAUCAUUUCCCUGUCCAGAAGGUGAAACUUUUCAUGAUCGAUGAGGUUCAUCUGUUAAAUGAAGAAAAGAGAGGACCCACGCUCGAGGCGGUUGUUUGUCGAAUGAAAUUAGCUCAAAGUGCAGAUCAAAAUUCUGUCAACAUUCGGUUUAUUGCUGUCUCUGCGACAAUUCCAAAUGUAGAUGAUAUUACAGAGUGGCUUAGUUCAGAUGCAGUAAAGGCCAAAAGCUUUCAAAUUGGUGAAGAAUGUCGUCCCGUCAAAUUGACCAAAAUUGUUAUCGGCUACCCAGUUAAAGAGAAACAAUCUCCCUACAUGUUUGAUAUAAGUUUGAACUAUAAAUUGAAAGCACUUAUAAUGAAGUACGCUAAAGGAAAACCCUCUCUUAUAUUUUGCAAUACCCGAAAGGGUGUUCUUCAAACAGCGAAUACGUUGUCAAACGAUCUUACCAUCUCGAUGCCUGCAGCUCACAAGAAUUUGGUUACUGAAUCAGUCAAGAAAAUUGGAGAAGGAAGUCUGAAAGGUUUACUGAGUAAAGGCAUAGGUUGCCACCAUGCCGGCUUAUCAAUCCAAGAUCGACGUAUAAUUGAAGAUUUAUUCUGUCGUGGAUGCUUACCUGUGUUAGUCACCACUAGUACUCUUGCCAUGGGAAUAAACAUACCUGCCCAUCUAGUAAUAAUCAAAUCAACUGAAUAUUACGUCAACAGUGAAUAUCAGGAGUAUUCUGAGAGCCAGGUUUUGCAGAUGAUUGGUCGCGCAGGACGCCCACAAUUUGAUUCAGAGGCGGUGGCAGUAAUCAUGACAAAAGUGUCGCAAAAAGAGCGUUAUGAAAAUUUGAUCAAAGGUGUGCAACCUGUUGAAAGUAACUUACACAGACACUUAACAGAACAUCUAAAUUCAGAGGUAGUACUGCGAACAAUUCCAGAUAUAGCUUUGGCAAUGUCUUGGAUUCGCUCAACUUUCUUGUACGUACGGACUCAAAAAAAUCCUGUGCACUACAAACUGCCACGUGACCUCUCUCAAGCCCAAACAGAAAAGCGACUCCAAGAUUGGUGCCUCAGAGAGCUGAACGGUCUGGUGCGUUACAAACUGGCGCUCAUGACAGAUGGAUAUGAUGUUCUUCCCACAGCCGAAGGGACGAUCAUGGCUCAAUUUUGCAUUAGUUUUGAGACAAUGAAAUUAUUUAUGGAUAUAAAAAGUUGUGAAUCAUUGAAUAGUUUGCUAGACGUACUUAUUGACGCACAAGAAUAUAAGGAUAUCAAACUUAGAAUGAGUGAUCGGAAGACUUUAAAUUCUUUGAACCAGAAAACAGGUGUAAACCAACUCAGAUUUCCCAUCAAGGGUAAAGUGAAUUCUCAGCCACUGAAAAUCAAUUGCUUGAUUCAAGCCACCCUCGGCUGUCUACAAGUAUUCGAUGCAGCUUUGAUACAGGAGCGCGCAAAAAUCUUCCGGAUUGGGAAGCGACUCACUCAAGGAUUGGUACAGCUCAUUUGGUUGCGAGACAAUUGCUACAAAACUCUCUUAUCUGCUAUCCUCCUGGCAAAGUGUUUCAUCAGUCAGUUAUGGGAAAACUCAGAGCAUGUCAGCCGUCAGUUACCGGGGAUCGGACCAGUCUUGUCAUCUCACUUGGUUGCAGCAAGGAAAGUCACUCUCCAGGACAUUCUCGAUUCCAAUCCCAGAGACCUAGAAGUGGUUUUGAACCGUCUUCCUCCCUUCGGGAACAAUCUCAUCGACUCUGUCAAAGUUUUGCCCCAGUUUGAGCUUGAGAUCCAAAUGUCUGACACCACAGGAGAGAUUUUAGUGGAAGUCAGAAUUAGUAACUACCCCGAUGUUUUGAAGUCUAAAAAUCUCCAAGAAAUGUUCUAUCUCCUCGUCGGGAAUUCAAAUAAUAACAUCAUUCACAAAUCAAGAUUCUCUUUGGACAGCCUAAUGAAAAGAGGUGGCCUUUACAAGAUCAAUUUGUGUGUCCCGGACGGUCCAUCUCAAACCAUUCACGUCAAUCUGCUGAGUAAAAAUUGGGUUGGUCUUGAUGUCAAUAAAACUUUGGGUGAUGAUAGAUCAAUCUCACCUGAAUCGGAUUAUGCUGCUAUUUUUGAACCCAAGACAAAACCAAAGAGUUCAGAAAAACCGAGUGGUUCGAAAAGGAAAAACCAGUCCCAGAGCAGCUCUUGCAAUAAAAAAGUUGCUCAGGCAGCCAAAUCAAACUGUCCAACACCAGCGGUGAAGAAAAUCAAGGACAAAUUUCCUUCUACGCCAGGCCAAAAAACUUUAAGUGACUUCUCUUUUACUCCUGUGUCAAAGUUGAGCAAAGCAACAUUCCAAGAGAAGAUCGAAAGUAUCGAUAAAUCUCAUCGAGAAAACGUUGCCGCCAACAGUCAAAAAAAUUUUGCCGCCAACAGUCAAGAAAAUUUUGCCACCAACAGUCAAGAAAAUUUUGCCGCCAACAGUCAAGAAAAUUUUGCCGCCAAUAGUCAAGAAAAAGAACUAUCUCAGAAUUUGAGCGCAAUGUCUAUCAGUGAUUCUGCAGAGGAUAAUAAUUUACACCAUCGUGAAAGCCAAGCCUUUCAAGACAUGAACAUCAACAUCAACCGUAUCGAAAGUUGCUCCCUUUCCCAAAGCACAGUGGAACCCAGUCAAAAUCCAAAAAUAAAUUCUUCAAGUGAUGCCUUUCCUCUUUCUCAAAGCUCCACUGCCGUCAGAUUCCCAUCCAAUAGUACACACAAUGACAACCUUCUAUCAAUUUUCAACCAGCGGCCAGAAUCCAACUCCAGCACUCGUUCGAAGUCAAAUAUCGUUAACGAUGCAGAGAGAUUUUCAUUCAACAUCUUCGAGCCCCUCAGAGGAAAACAGUCCAGUGAACUGUGGCAGAACUUUGGUGAUAGUGGGAGUUCAGAAGUUAAAGAUAUAGUGGACGCGGCAAUUGCAAAGGCUGCUACCUCAUGGCGAAACCACCCGCUACUGAACCUAAGAAGUCCUGAAGAAUGCAAAAGUGCAAAACCAAGCGUUGAAAAUUCUGAAAACCACAGAAUUGCCCCUGCUGUGAAAGCAACCCCUCUAACUAAAAGAGUCUGUGAUGGUAUAACCAUAGACAACCCAGAUAAUAAAAAUCCUGGCCACACCAAUCUUGCAAAACAAUGUCAAGGCUCUGUUUUUCCUCACACCUCAUCAGUCAACGCAAAUCAAACUGAACAUCAGGCAACGCCCUUAGCGAAAAAAGUUUCCCACCAAGAAAGCAAUCUAUUUCCUACAAAGUCAACAGCAGAUUUAAGUAAAUAUGCUGUGGAUGAUGAAGAAAUGGAAGAAUUCAUGCAGGCGUUACAUGAAGAUGCUUCGAAAUCAACGCAGUCUCCUCAAGUGUCGCCUUGUGUAGAACGAAGAUCGAUCAGCCAAUCCAAAAUCAGCAAAUACACAGAUCGCCAUGUCAGGAAAUCAGAUUUUCAAACGGGACUGGUCUCUAGAUCUACAGCUAACCAUUCAAAGGAAGAAAAAUGUGUACGUGACUCCAGUGCCAAACAGCAUUCAAGUCCUUCGUCUGAUAGCAAGCUUAAAGCAAGUCAAAGCUAUGGGAUUAAAAAAUAUUAUCCUGUGGUGAAGGAGGGAAAAUUGAGUGCUCCGGUCAAUCUCAAUACAAAUCAAAAGAAGCCCAGUUUUGUUGCAGAAGUCGACAAGAAUCAAACCAAGCAGGAUUCUAAUUAUCCAGCUGUCACAAUGUAUUCCAAUAGUUUUUGUGAUAAACAAAGAUCUAACCAAGAGAAUUUCAAUAACCCAAGUGGCAGACUUGUGCCUAAUUUUAGUGCAGAAAACAAUAUGAUCUCUUCAAGACAAAACUCUUCACUCGGUGAGCCGAAUUCCAACAGCUUUUGUGCAGAGGGACAGUUGAAUCCUCCCGCUUUUGUGAGCUCAAAUAAUGAAGUUAGCCAAUACUUUUCUCAUCCAGCUGCAGAAAACUGUUCAAAUAUGAUUCAUCCGCGCACUGAGCCGUACCCAACUAGUUUUUUUGAAGGCCCAAAAUUCCAUUCUCAUCCUGCUUCAGAUGUGAGUGCUACAUUUUAUGAACAUGAUAAUUUUGGUGUUACUAAUUGUCAAGCCAGCUGGAAUUGGAAUGGUGCUAAUGCUGGUUUAGACGAUUUAAGACCAUCCCAACCCAUGUCUACGAAUCAAAAUUUCAGGAUUGAUGGCCGUAAUCUCAGUGAAGAAAAUAAUCCAUUCAGCAUAACUCAGAACUAUUCAACCACUGAAAUGCAUCCCUCCAAUUAUUUUAAUAAUCCAAGUUUGAGUCAUCUCGUUCUCGUAGACUCAAACAAUCAGAAUUUGUCUCCUUUUGGUAUAGAAAAUGGUCAAAACCUGUUGCCACCUAGAAUUAAUUCCUCCAGUAGCUGGCAGGACACUCGCCGACAUUGCAUGUCCACCCAUUUGAAUUAUCUUGACAAUAUCAGCAAUCAAAAUCAGUACUUUGACCCAGAAGAUCGUCUAGUUUCUCAAAACUGCAAUCCCUCUUUUUUGAGAAUGCACUCAAACAGUUUUAUCCAAGAUCAAAGAUCUAAUUUUAUUCAGUCUUCAAUUCCUAACGACAAUCAUAUGAUGAGGAGAAAUGCAAAUGCUCCAGAUAACUCAAGAUGUGAGCUAUCGAACCGUCUAGCGCUGUCCAAAAACUUUCAGGACAAAGCCCUAUUUACUCCACAUCGGUUAAAUUCAAAUGAUAGAUUGGAGGAACUAUCGUCUCCUUCUAAUGUUAGGCAUAAUCAAUCCAAUCAAACUUGGAAGUCAAAACCAGUAUUUCCUACUUCGUGUCAAAACGGACCAACAUCCACCACAACGACCAUUCGUUCAUGUCCCCCAGAGAACAAAAUUGAGUCACAACCUGCUCAGCGUUCACAAACUCAGCAAAUUUUGCCCUCCAUGGGGCAUAAUCCGCAGGGUCAAUCUUGUGAGGUGAUUGCUGAUCCAAUGGAAAGAGAAUCCUUGAGUUUGACCCGGGAAAAGCAAUGUGAAUAUCCGUUCGUGGAAAAACAGCAAGAUGCUCUACCUACUGAUAACAAGAAUCAAAUAAAUUAUCUAGAGAUGCAAAACAGCACUGAUAUUGGACAUGGACACUCUUCGUCGCUCAACACUGAGAAGCAAGUCCGUAAUCCUUCCACAGAAUCUGUGAUAAAUGAUCCAGAGGAAGCUGCUAAAACAUUUGUCAAAACUUGUAGUACUUCUGAUUACGUCAUGGACCUUAAUUCCCCUGAAGAUGUCAAAGGGCAAUCAUCAGAACCUCAGAAAUCAGCAUCAAGAAACAAUGGCAAUAUGUUAUUGCCCCAUGUGGAAACCACCUUUCGUUCUGAAGUGUCAGUUCCAUCGAUGGAUCCCAGGCCACAAGAGAGCUCCGCUUCAAGAGAAAACAAAAGAUCCAACCAUACAGUUGAAUCAGGCAAUGUAUUGGAACAGAUGGAAGCAAAGAUAAAUGAAUGCAAACAAUCAUCAAAAAAUUCAAUUGACACUCCAUGUAGCACUAUGACUGGAAAAUCUACGUUCAAAUUAAGAACCCCUUGGUUAGCUAUGGAAACCUCAAUUCAUCCCAGCUCAAAAAUUGUAAGUGGGCCUGUUCAGACAAAAAGAAUGUUAGGUAUUGGUAAAGUCACGAAUAAUAAUGCUGAUACCGUGAAUGCCAAAUCUGAGGAUAAAAUCCAAAAAGCUAUUACACCGCAAUCAAAAGUACCUAGUUCCUUGGUUGCACCAUACAAGCAUAGCUCCCCUUUUGCAAAUAUCGGUCAAAAUGAGAAUGGAACCCUUCCUGAUCAGUUUCCAUCUUGCUCUGGUAAAAAUAACUGUGUCACUUUAGGGCAAGCUUCAAGGGUUGAGAAAGAAAACCAUUCAAAUGACGAUACUGAUGAAAAGAAGCAAUUCAUCACCAGACCUCCAAAAUUGAAGGCUUUCUCUUUGAAAUUUGGUUGCCAAAAGAAAAACACCGUUACACCCAGGACAAGCUCCGAUAAAGAAAACAAACUUUUGACCCCGCAAAAAAAUGAGGAGAAACCGAAGGCACUGAGGAGCAUUCUAACAUCGAGUGUCAGUUCUACAACAAAUAAAAACAAGACGCGCAAAGUCAACUUUGGAUCGACUUUACCCAAGUCACUACAGAGUAGUCCAUCGCGAUUUGACCGUAAAAAUGAGGAACGUCAAAAGAAAGCAUUCAUGAAAAUGGUGAAGCCUGUCUGUCAGCAAGACGAAAACUUCACACCCAUUCCUGUGGGAGAAGGUCUUGUCUGCACAGAAAUACUGGGUGCUUCAGAUACUGCUAUUUACCGAACUUCCCCUCGCGGUGAAGCUGACCACAAUGUAACUUCAAUGGAAUCCUUUGAAGUAGACCGGUCAGAAAAGGGUAAUCAUCAUGAUUUUGGAGAGUGUCACAGCACAAAAUAUCCACCAAUCUCAGAUCCGGCCGAAAUCUCUAGUCCGCCAAGACAAGAGUCAGAAAAGUCUUUCUUUGAGGCUUCUUUCUUGCAGUAUUCCCCAGAAAUGCCAAGUCAGCCAAUAGAUCAUGAUUUUGAGACUGGAAGUAGCACUCAAGAAAGUGUUUCAAACCAAGCAAACCACUUCGCUUCAAGCUGUGCGAUAGACUUCGCACCGCAGCAAACUUUGUAUUUUACCCAAAACCACCAAGAAAAUAACAAUUCUUGGCAAAGAAGUCGCAUCAUAUCAAAACAACUCCCCCAAGAAAUAAAUCAGUUUCAUGAAACCACCCCGAAUGAAACGACUCACUUCGUAGAAGAUCGCCGUCAGAAAUUUAUCCCACCAUCAUCAAGCCUCGCACAAAAUAGAGCCUUGAACUUGAGUAAUCAUCCAGCUAAUAUUCAGUCGCAAGACCACAUGCCACAACAUAGUCUCUUCAUGAAAAACGAUGAACAAAAUCAAUUCUCUUACCAAAUUAACAAUUUCAGUCAGUUAGGAUCAAAGUCGUCUCUGUUCCCAAAUGCCUUCCAGGCAGAUUCUCACUCGUCUAGAAUUGUUGGAACUCCAUAUUGGCAACCGGAAUAUUUGCAAGAAAGACCGGUAUCUCACUAUCCUAAGUCUCAAAAUCCUCAUACCUUCUCUAGGAAUCAGAUUUGCUAUCCUCAGGAAGAAAUGCCACAUUAUCGACCAAUUUUUCCCCAUGCAACUCCGCAGGUACAAAGACAGCAAGUCUCUGUUUUCAAUACGCCAAAUCCAAGGACCGUUCCCUCUUCUACUCAGAGUGUGACAUCUAACUUUUGGCCCACAGAGACCCUUUACUCUCGCCAGUUUCCUAUCCUGCAUCAGUAUUACCCACUUGAAUUUUCUAGCACUGAUGGCCUCAAAAAGUCAAGUAAGCCCUCAGGGUGCUCAUUCGAAGAAGCAUCCGCCCAUAACUAUCAAGCAUAAUUUACAUUGUCUGUAGUUUUCCAGUCCACAGACUGAAAAGCUCAUCAAAAAUAUCAAUCACAAAUUAAUCAAUUGUUAUUUUUGAAAAUUUUAGAUAUCAAUAGAAUUUAGAAAUUUUACAAUUUUAGAUUUAGAUAUUACAGAAAAAUUUUAAAUCAAAUAGAUCUGUAAAACCUCUGAUAUUGGACCACUAGUAUAGUCCAAGUGGAUCCUUUCUCCCUGUUUUAACUUAGAUUCAUACUCUUUCAUUCAUCUUUUUUAGUAAGACCUCAGGGUGCUCACUGCUCAGUCAUAGAAACAUCCGCCCAUAACUAUCAAGCAUAAUUUACACUGUCAGUAAUUUACAUUGUCAAGCAUAUUUUUUCAGUCUAUAGACUGAAAAGCUCAUCCAAA